CGAUGUAGUCGUUUCGAAGUGAAGGUUUUACCGAUUUCGGUUUCCAGGUUGAUUAAUUUUUUUAAAGUGGGUGAUUUGUUUCGGUUUUAUUGGAAAACGAGAACCGUUUUACCGCCAAAAGAGUUGAUUUAAUUAAUAAUUGAAUAUCGAUGUGGGCCGUGGUACGGUUCAUUUGUUUUCUCGUGCGCGCGUUGUCAUAGCAACCCUGGAUUUUUCAUUAUUAUAAUCAAACAGUAAAUUAUUUUAAUAUUGCAGAUCAAACAAACCCUUUGGCCCUAAAUCAAAACGAACACUGCCACAUUCUGAUCCCUCUUGUAGUUAAUGUUAAAAGAAGACAACAUGUCCACUAUUGUGGAAGUGGAAAGCUGGAUCAUAUACCAAUACGUCGCGACCGAAUGUUCAAAUUGUCUAUAAAUUUUAUUUUUGCUUUUGUUUGUUUUGCCAUAUGAAAGACCCAUCGUCAACAUCAGUUAUGACCGAGAGCACAUUUAAGGCUCGUGACAUCGGCCUCAGAGCUCAGAAAAAGAUCCUGAGCAAAAUGGCGGGCAAGAACGUUGCCAAGGUGUUCAUCGAUGACGUCACCGCAUCCCUUCUAGACAAUUUAUAUCGGCUUGCCAAACAAUACUCAAACAACAAAAAAGAAGCCGAAAAACUCAUCAAAAACAUCAUCAAAGUGGUAAUCAAAUUAGGCGUGUUACACCGCAACAAUUUACUAUCAGAGGAGGACUUAAAACUGGCCGAGAAGUUCAAAAGCAAAUUCCGUAUGGCCGGCAUGACGAUCAUCUCCUUCUACGAGGUGGACUUCAGCUACGACCGCAACUAUUUGGUAAAAGCCCUGGGGGAAUCCCAAAAGAUCCUCAAGGCCAUCAUCUCGCGACACCUAACGGAUAAAUCGAUAAACCGGGUCGAGAGUGUCUUUGGGUUCUUCGCUAACGAGACUUUUUUGGACGCGAUGUUCAAGAGAGACAGCGAGCAUCGCGAGGCCCUCGGUAGGGUCGUUAACGAUUUGAAUAGGGCCAUCGAUAAUGGCGAUCUGUAAGAUGUUCUUGCCUAUAAAAGGGUGAAAAUUGGGGGUUUUUUGGUCCUAUAUAUGCUAUGAUAAAGUGUUACAAGAUGUGUUUAUCGUUGCGGGAGGACUACAUGGUUUUAUUAAGAGGGUAGUAUUACUUGUUUGUCAUUCUGCCGACGUCGGAACGAGUGUGUAUUUAGAUGCUAGUCAUAGGGACGCCUCGUCAGGGGUCUUCCUAGUUCCAAGGGUCAUUUUGGAUUUCAUUAAUGAACCUAAAUGUCUUAAAAUGAUAAUUUCGUGAUUAACAAUUUUGGCCAAGGACGAUUGAGGUUACGUUUUUUAUUUAAAGUUGGCAACACCAGGGAGGCUAUGUGAAUUUAGCCGCUAAUCAAGCUGUCAAUUAUGACUUUACUGACAUUGACAUUUGACAUUGAUUGGAGAUAAAAAGAGAAAAAGAACACUAACAAAAAGUUCCAUGAAGAUUGAUUUAUGCCUUCCAGUCUAGAAUGUUUUCCCCAAGCGUCAUAAAAGUUUGAGGUUAAGUUAGAAACUCUAUUUGAAGUUUGGCAACAUAGGAACGAAUAGUAUAUGUCGCCGCUAAUCUAAUAAGCUGUCAAUUGUUACUUUACUCACAUUGACAAACGACAUCGAUAAGCUUAGUCUAUUGGUCGCACUUGACCUUAACUACAAACUCUAUUAUUUAGAGAUAAAGGAGUAAGAAGUUUCCAGAUCAAUUUAGUUUCUUCGCUGCAAGAGGCCACCUUUGACUACUUUACUAUUUGGUGAUUAAAAAGAACAAGAACGCUGAUAAAAAGUUCCAAAAGAAGUUAGAAAUUCGAUCUGAAGCUUGGCAACACAGGAACAAGCAGUAUAUGUCACCGCUAAUCUAAUAAGCUGUCAAUUGUUACUUUACUCACAUGACAUCGAUAAGCUUGAUCUUUUCGUCGUACUUGCCUUUGGCGACCUACUCUAUUAUUUAGAGAUAAAGGAGUAAGAAGCUUUGAAAAGUCGAAAAAACUUAAAAUUUGAAUCGAGAUACACAGAAAAGCUUAAUCAUAUUUUGACCAUGAAAGUUUUUCCAAGUUUCCAGAUUCGUUGUACCAGAGCGAGUAUGUAAGUUUAGCCACUAAUCGAGCUGUCAAUUAUAACUUUACUGACAUUGACCGGUUUAGUCUUUUCUGCAUAAAAGGCCACCUUUGACUAUGUUACUAUUUUGGAGAUGAAAAGAGAAGACGUUGUCAAAAAGUCCUACAGAAAGACAUACAGAAAAUCUUUAAACGCAUUUUCAAGCCGUCGUAACAGUUUGAGGUUAUGUUAGAAAUGUCAUUCGUCUUCUGGCAACACUGGAUCAAGUAUGUGGAUUUAGCCAUUAAUGAAAUAAAUUGUCAAGUAUGACAAGAGACAUUUGACAAUAAAAGGAUAAUUACUUUCACCGCAAGAGGUCGCUUUUGCAAAGUUUCUAAUAUAAUUAGUUUUUCUAUUAAUUUGAAGAAGAGAGUGGAAAAUAUUGACUAAAACUAAAAAUUGGACCGCAAAUCUACAUUUUUGCGCAAGUAUCCAAAACAAGGAGAAAAGCUUUAAACUAAUGAUUUCGUCGUGGGUUUUCGCCAAGAAGUCAUAAAAGUUUGAGGUUAUGUCAGAAUUUUGAUUCGAUGUCUGGCAACACCAGAGGGAGUAUGUAAAUUUAGCGGCUAAUCAAACUGUCAAUUAUAACUUUACUGACAUUGUCACUUGACAUCGAGCAGUUUAGACUGUUCUGCGUAAGAGGCCACCUUUUACUACGUUACUAUUUUGGAGACGAAAGGAGAAAACGUUGGCAAAAAGUCCUAAAAAACUUAAGAUUUUAAUAUAAGACAUAAAGAAAAGCUUAAA